UCCACUUUCUUCUCCCCCAAGUCCAAAGGUGAACAACCGUGGAGUCUAGAAAACAACGACCGCAAAAUGUCAGGGUUUAGAAUUUUAGUUGGCUGCAAACGUGUAAUUGAUUAUGCUGUAAAAGUACGAGUGAAACCAGAUAAAUCUGGCGUAGUUACCGAAGGAGUUAAACAUAGCAUGAAUCCUUUUGAUGAAAUUGCUGUCGAGGAAGCAGUCAGAAUGAAAGAGAAAAAGUUGGCAUCAGAGAUUGUUGCAGUGUCUUGUGGUCCCCAGCAAUGCCAAGAAACUCUAAGAACAGCCCUUGCUAUGGGUGUUGACAGAGCUAUUCAUGUUGUAACGGAGCCAAAAGAAUACGAAACACUGCAACCAAUUCAUGUCUCAAAAAUUUUGUCAAAGAUUGCAACAGAGGAAAAAGCUGAUCUUGUGAUUCUAGGUAAACAGGCUAUUGAUGAUGAUUGUAAUCAGACAGGUCAAAUGACAGCAGCUUUAUUAGACUGGCCACAGGCUGCCUUUGCUUCUAAAGUUGAGAAGUCAAAUGGUGAUUUAUCAGUGACAAGAGAAAUUGACGGAGGCCUGGAAACUAUUAAAGUGAAAGUACCAGCUGUCCUAACAGCUGAUUUAAGAUUAAAUGAACCUAGAUAUGCUACACUUCCCAAUAUUAUGAAAGCAAAGAAAAAGCCUUUAGUCACAAAGAAGCCCUCAGAUUAUGGUGUGGACACAUCCCCUAGACAAGAAGUUCUUAGUGUAGAAGAUCCACCAGUCAGACAAGCUGGACAGAAGGUUGAAUCAGUAGAGGAACUAAUGGGAAAACUGAAAGAGGCGGGGCUAGUGUGAUGUCAGAAUACAAGUUUGGGGGAUGUAUGAAAAGAAAAAUACAACCUAGUAUGUGUGAUAUUCAGCUAAAGGACCAAGAUAAAAUAUAAUUUAUUGAUUGAUGAAAUUACUCUAAUUUAUUGCUGCUGACUGAACGAUAACAUCAGACUACUGAGGAUGCAUAAUAGUUAAAGAACAAUCUGUGACUUUUGUAUGAGGGUAAUUAAAUUGCAUAAAUGUUCAAGGGCAUAUCAAAAUGUUAUAGUUUGUAAUAAAAAU